UACACGACUAUCUUGGUAGAAAAGUAUUGCUGGAUUGUCUUGAAAACAUUGCUCAGUGGGUUGGGCCUUUAGUCACCACACCUAUCSURAUAUGGCUCGCGUUAUGGCUGAUGUGUACGUUUGUAUUUCGUGACAGAACCUACCCAGAUCUGACAGUUACCAUUGAGAACAGGCGUUUUUUUGACAUUAUGUCAUAUUUCUUCUUCUUCUUCAAUAUCUUGGUUGGGAUUUGGUCUGGACUUUCUCGUAUUUUGAAAGGUGCAGUUUUGGGCUUGGUAUUCCUGUGUCGACUUGAUCGCACACCAAUGAUGACUGGCUUCAGGAAAUGGGACAGGGGUUACAUGUCUUACAUCGGAUUUCUUAAUGUCCUUGUUGCAUUUARACAUCCCGUCAUGCUUUGCUUCUGCCAGAUGUUGAUUGACGAGCAACAGCAAAAGAAUUAUGGUUUUCCUGCAAGGAUGGAAAGGCCCCGUAUGUCAACAAAAGCUCUCAAUCGAUGGUUCUUGGCUGUAUUUCUGAGCCAAAACCCAAGCCUUCGUCGCUUCAGGAAACGACCUUUGUUUGGAUCUGGAAGUGAAUCUUUCUCGACCACUGUGAACAUGUCAAGAAUGCUUUUGGAGGACGUGCAAAUGACAUGCAAAUYAAAGAGCACCUAUAUUUAAUAACAUCCAUAAGCCAACACAUCUUUUAUCCAGUUUUUUAAAAGAAUGAUAGACCGAGAUGGCUCUAACAUUGAACUCACUUGUUUGUAUAGUUAUAAGCUGUGUUCAUAUUUUAUUUAAUAGACCUAAUCGGCUAACGCUUUGCUGUGAACGUUUCCACACAAUUCAAACCACCCGGU